AUGGUCAACAAUUCGAACUCACAUCUGGUAGAGCACUGUUCACAUGGUUACAAUUCUCAAUGGAUGACACUUGUCCAGCCCGAAACUCCACUGUUGUCUAUCCUUGAUCGCAGCGUUUAUAACAAUCCUUUCACCGGCGCUGACGCAUCGCUAAAAAUGUCACAUCCUGUAGUCGUGGAUAAUCCGGUGGAGGCGUAUUCGCAGCAUAAGCUAGAAACCAGGCGACAGGGCAUCAUGCUAUUGGAAAAGUUGGAAUUCGAAGACACGUUUGACAAUGAAGCUCAAGUAUUCCCCAGUCCAGCUGUGAAACUUCCUUGGAUUAGUCCACACACUUCCAAACUUCUCAACAAUCCAAAAGCACAGACGUAA